AUGCAGCGUAAUGCAGCGAAUGCAAGAGAACGAGCGAGAAUGAGAGUGUUAUCAAAAGCAUUUAUUAAAUUAAAAACACAUUUACCAUGGGUUCCGCAAGAUACUAAACUAUCAAAACUUGAUACAUUGAGAUUAGCCACAAGUUAUAUUCUUCAUCUCACUCAAAUAUUAGAUGAUGAAACAACACCAAUAGCAGCUCCAACAAGAUCAAUGACAACAUCACAAUCGACAAACGGUUUUACUUGGCCUUAUUCUUCGUGUCAUCGUGCAUCAUCACUAUGUAAAAAUGCUCAUCAUUUACGAUCAUCAGUGGCUAUGAAUAUGAUGUCUACAACAUCGUCAACACUUGCCUAUGGCAGAGAUCAAAACGAAAAUUAUAAUGAUAACGAUGAUUUCGAUAUGCAAGAUGAUGAUGAAAUUUAA